CUAGUACCGGGAAAAAAUACGCGCCUAACUCCACAACAGUGGGUUUGUCGGUGUUCACUAUCAGUAAAGGUCGGACAUUAUCAUUUACAUUGGCUUCAGAUUGGAUUUAAACAGAGGGUAACUGUACCUCCCUGGUAUGUUUGAAUCUUAAGUUAAUGACCAUCGGUUGUCGUCCUCCACACGUUAGCCCAGUAGCGUCUGCAGCAGCAGCAGCUGCUCUGUGGAGCCCCGUUACCGCUGAUCCAGAAACAGCCCAGCAGAAUGGAUCCUCAGGGAAGCCCACCAAGUCCAGACCAUGGUCCCGAUGUAGAGACAGCAACACCAGAGAUAAUCCCUACAUACAAGAGGAGUCUGAGGAGCCUUCAUAUGCUCGCUGUAAAGUUUGUCAGAUUGUUACAAGAAGCUAAGGGCGGUGAACUGGACCUCAAAGAUGCUAUCAGGGUCCUGGCUGUCGGUCAAAAAAGGCGAAUCUACGACAUCACAAAUGUGCUGGAGGGUGUUGGUCUAAUUGUGAAAAUCUCCAAGAGCACUGUGAAGUGGAAGGGUACCAUUACAGGACAACGUGAAGAAGUGUUUAGCAACAAGCUAUUCAAGUUGAAGUCCGAGGUGGAGGAUCUGGAGAUGAUGGAAUCCAUGUUGGACCAGCAGAAGCAGUGGGUGGAACAGAGCGCCAGGAACACGAGAGACGACUGCAGUGAUUUGACCUAUGUGAAUCAUGAAGAUCUCUGCAACUGCUUCAGUGGUAAUACUCUUUUGGCAGUACGAGCACCAAUAGGAACACAGCUAGAUGUUCCCAUUCCCAAAGCUGUCCAGAACAGCCCAGCAAAGUACCAGAUUCAUCUGAAGAGCAUCAAUGGGCCGAUAGAAGUCGUACUUCUCAACAAACUCUCUGUCAGCUCUGCUCCUGUCGUACUGCCAGUCCCGCCGCCUGAAGACAUUUUACAGAGAGCAAAAUCAGUAAUGUCCACUUCAGGCGAUACAGGAAGCAGUAUCAAACCGCGUCAGGCUUCAGCUAAUAACAAAUUAAGCAGGGCAGCCACAGAGAAGAUCCGACACCUUAUGUCAUCGUCAUGUUUCAACACUCAGCUAAACCGAACUGGUGCAUCUCAAUUGCAAGAUUUAUCAAAAGAACUGCGGGACCUAAUAAACCCAACCAAAGAAGUAAUAGGCGCAGAUCUGAUCAGAGAGCUUAUGGCCUCAGAAGCUUUUUCCCCGCUGCUCUCUCCGCCUCCACCUGGAAGCGAAUGUGCUUACAAUCUGGAUCAGAGGGAAGGCCUCUGUGAUGCCUUUGACGUCCCCAUGCUCAAUGUUUGACCAUGAACUCCUGUGUUAAGGGCUCCCCAAGUAAACAUUAUACUUUGAAAAUGUACAUAGUUUUCUGUUUUUAAAUUGUUAUUUACAAAUAAAAACAUAUGAUUUUGAA